CACUUUUUUGCAAAGUUUAAUCUCCCGUCGCGUCCUCUUCGACAUAGAUACCUACGCGUUGUUUAAUCUGCAAAAUAACGCGUCUGUUACAGCAAUAGUAAAAAUGUUAAUUGGUGACAUUGUGAAUCCGUCGAGAAAUUAUGAAAGAAAGAGAAAUCCCGUCUGCGAUUCUAUUCAUAUGUGGGGGAUCUUGUGCUGUCGGUGUUUACUUUUCGUAGUACUUUAUAGGAACUAAUUGCUGAUGUUGCUGAAGAUCACUUGUUAUAGAGAAUCGAGGACGAUCUCAGAAACGAGCAUCCCGGACUUUCUCAAGCGCAUCAUAGAAACCCUUAUCCGUACUUGAUGUCAUUGAAAGGAUUGAAGAAUCUUCCUCGAAUUGUACUGGAUAAUCGGACGCAAUAAAGAAAAGUUAAGUUAGAGGAAUGUACAAAGUUCAUCUUUGCUUAUUUCAGGUGUUUUGAGGAGUAGCUUUGCAUUAGGUCCCGUCAAAUAGGACAAUUUUGAGACAAUAAUUGAAUUACUCACAGCCAAAAGAAACGUGAUUUUUUAAAAACAAGUUUGCUUUCCGAUAGGCAGAAUAUGCACAUAUGAUAUCUGAAGAAGUUUGGUUCAAAAAAUUAUCUUCCCUCAGAUUUUUAAGUAGCUACUUCUUAACGUUAGGUAUGUACUGUAUGUUUUGGACGGGAGUAAAAUCAUCUCAAUUUUUAACGCCACAGAAUAUAGAUAUAUAUAAUAACUUUAAAAUACUAGCGUUUAUUUUCAAUACUUUAUAACCCGGAAACGAUUGAAUUUAGGUACAUUAUGCUUCCUACAAAUUUUGCUUACAAUGAAGGGAAGAAUCUAAAUAUCGAAUAAUGGACAGGGUGUUGCAAAAUUAUUACUGCCUAAUAGACAUUACAAGCCUUAAUACUAUUGUAUUUACCUUUUUUCGAUACCUUAUAAUAAUAAUAAUAAUAAUAAUAAUAAUAAUAUAUAUUGACUGCAUACUUGUAACAAAAAAAUAUACAUUUGCAGAAGUCACACAAUAUUGUUGAAAUCUAAAUCUUCUAAAUUUUCAAAUUCUGCUACGCUAUAAAAGGCAUGUUUAAUUAAUACACAUUUAAGAAUUUUCCUAAGACUUAGGAUUGAUAAUUUUCUUAUACUUACAGGUAAUUUAUUAAAAAGUAUGACAGAAGUGUUGUAUAUUGUCCCCGGUAAUCGACCGUUUACAGACUUAUCAGCGACCCUGUAUAAUACUGAUGUUCAUAAAUCAAACAAUCAUUAUUUUUCUUGUGAGAAUUACGUACGUGUAGGUACAUAAAAACAAAAAUUUGCUGAUAUACAAGAAGUCAGGUUAAAAAAAACUGAUUCAAGAAAUUUAAAAAAAGCCAAAGAGAAAUUUUGGAAAUUUACCAAAGCCGACCAAGUGAAUUUCUGAAGAAUUUAAAGAACUGGAAGAAUUGUAAGAAACGGAAGAAUCUGAUUAACUUGAAAUGACUGAUCCAAAAAGGCGGUAACAAAUCUAAGGAAUUUCAACAAACCAAAAAAUUAAGAGAACGAAGUGACGAAUGGAAAAGAUUCAAAGAAAUGGAAAGUGUUGAAGAAUUCGAAUGAUGAAUUUGAAUACACUGAUAAAACGAACCAAUCAGGAAAUUGGAAAGUUUGUGGUAAAAGUGAAAGUGAAAGGCGACUUUCACACCACCAACCAAUCAUAGAGCGCGCAGCCCUUAGUGUGAAUCUCGUUAGAAAGUAUAAAACCUUUUCCACCCCGCACCUUUCAUCAAUUGCAGUUGUGUAGUGGUGCAGAAUGUUUUCGUUAAUAGCCUUCUCGUUACCCGCCCUCUGUGUGCUUCCAGUGGAAAUGUUGGCUGAAAUUUUUCGAUAUUUGGACGACAAGUCGUUGUUGAAUGCAGCUUUGGCUAGCAAGUACUUUAUGAAGAUCUGCAAAGGAGAUCCAGUUUUGCGGCGCAGAAUUAGAAAGCGCAUUGUAGAAGAGAAGAAAAUAUGGAGGGAGAUAGUUACUAAUGCAAGAAUGGGAGUCGACGUUAUACGUGAAGAAACCUCUCAACCGUUUGCUAGAAAUGUUAAAAAGGUCGUUGAAAUACGCCCGUUGCAUUUUAGAAGACCUGCUGAACAGGAAACUUUAAAGGCGGUGCCAUUUGAGCUCGGAGUUGUCGGUUCCAGACGCAAUGGUGGAGGAAAGCUAAGAGUCAAGAAAAAUCACAAAGUUCGUGCUGAACCUUACAAUGCUAUUAGAUGUUAAUGCAAUUUGCCUUUCAUUUUGUAACCAUAGUAGAUAUUACUGCACUAUCGGAAUUGUUUAUAAAUAUGUUGACAAAAAUGUAAAGUUUGCUAUAAAUAAAUUAUAAAUAUCA